AUGUACCCUCUUGUCGAUUGCUUCUCCCCAUUCUUUCAUAAGACUUCAAUUCCUUCCUCUGUGGUAUGUUCCUCUUUCAUUGUCAUCGCCACUUUUUCGUUCAUCUAUCUAUCUAUCUAUCUAUCUAUCUAUCUAUCUAUCUAUCUAUCUAUGCACAUGGAUUGCCAAAAAUUAGAAAGGACUAUAAAACUUGUUGUUGUCGUUGUUGUUGUUGUUGUUGUUCUUCUUCUUCUUCUUGUUCUUCUUCUUCUUCUUCUUCCUCUUAUUUUUCUUCUUUAUCCACAUCCUCCUUUUCUUCUUCCUCCUCUUUCUUCUUCUUCCGCCUCCCCUUUUUCUUCUUCUUCCUCCUCCUCCUCUUCUUCUUCCUCUUCUUUUUCUUCUUCUUCCUAUUCUUCCUCUUCUUCUUCUUCUCAUCCUUUUCUUUUUCUUUUUCCUCCCCUUCUUCUUCUUCCUCUUCCUCCUCUUCCUCUUUCUCCUCUUUCUUGUUUUUCCACCCCUUCUUCUUCUUCUUCUUCUUUUUUUAUCCACCUCCUCCUUUUCUUCUUCCUCCUCCUCCUUGUCCUCUUUUUCUUUUUCCUCCUCCUCCUCCUCUUCUUAUACGAACAUUAG